AUGAAGAAAUGGGCGGACAAGAAGAGGCGGCACUUGGAGUUUGAAGAGGGAGACAUGGUGAUGGUCAAGUUCUACCCUCAUCGCUUCAAGCAUCUCAAGAACGUGCACAAGAGACUGCUUCACCGCUAUGAAGGGCCAUUCCCCAUCGUGAAGAGGAUUAGCAAGGUGGUAUACAAGGUAGAGUUGCCGACGCACUUGGAGAUCCAUCCGGUCUUUCAUGUGAGCCAACUCAAGCCUUACCACGAAGACAAGGAGGACGAGCAACGAAGAGAGUCGCAGCGCGCUCCAACACUCGUCACCAAGACACACGACCAUGAAGUCGAAGAAAUCAUGGCGCGUCGUGUCAUUCCUCGUCGUGGCGUACAUCCAAGCUUUGUGGAGUACUUAGUCAAGUGGCGCAACUUUCCGGAGAGUGAAGCAACCUGGGAGAAAGAGCUCACGCUUUGGAAGAACAAGGACUUGAUCGAGACAUUCCAUCAAGAGGGCGCGACGAGGGCGUCGCGAGCAUAG